GGCUGGGGGUCGCUGGUCAACCCCACCGGGGUGGCGGCCUGCCGGAGGUCGGGGCGCCUGGCAGUGGCUCACGACGGCAAGAAGAGGAUCCACGUCUUUGGGCCGAGCGGAUCCUGCCUGCAGCGCUUCGGGGAGCGGGGGGACGCGGGCAACGAUAUCAAGUACCCGCUUGAUGUGACGGUCACGUCGGACGGGCACGUGGUGGUCACCGAUGGCGGAGACCGCUCCGUGAAGGCCUUCGAUUUUGAUGGUAGGGGGGUCCUGGCCAUCCGGGAAGGUUUCUGUUUGCCCUGGGGCGUGGACGCCACCCCCGAGAGUGAAGUUAUCCUGUCCGACUCGGAGGCAGGGGCUCUCUACCGCUUGACGGCCGACUUCAGGAAGGGGGAGUUGAAGAAGUGUCAGAUGCUCCGGUCUCGGCUCAUCAGCCCAAGAGGGGUUGCAGUCUCCCAGACCUCGGGUGCUGUUGUGGUAAUAGAGCACCUGAAGGCUCAAGGACUGAACAGAGGCAGCACCCGAGUGACGAUAUUCAGUGCAGAGAUGGAUCUCAUUGGCCAGAUGGAUAGCUUCGGUCUGAACCUCCUUUUCCCCUCCAAAAUAUAUACUACAGCUGUGGCCUUUGACAAAGAGGAUCGUGUUAUAGUAACGGAUGUGUGUAGCCAGGCUGUAAUAUGCUUAGGGAAACCUGAUGAGUUUCCCACCUUUAACCCUCUAAUUAGCUACGGGCUUUCUUAUCCUGUGGGGCUGACUUACAUGGUGAACAAUUCCCUCGCUGUUUUAGACAGCGGUGAUCAUUCAGUAAAAAUAUAUAGCUCUACCUGAAUGGGUUUAGAUGCUUACUGCUGUAGGGUCAAGCUGCUUUUGGCCAUAAAGCACAUGAAGCUCUGGUGUUAGUAGGCGUGUAGGGAGGAGGCAUUUUCUGGGCUUUAAGUGAAAUUGCCCCCUUUGACCAGCAUGCUGUGCUUCCUGCAAAACUUACAUCAAAUCUCUUGCCUAUCCAUGGGAGAAGACCUGGCCAUUGCAGGCCGUAGUCAACAAUGAAUUAAACAAACAAUUUGGCAUUUAAAAAGUAUUCCAUAUGUUGACAACGAAAUGUUUUGUGUGCUUUUUGACAAGUAGUAAGAAUGACAUUUGUCAUGGAGUAAUCAAAGACUGGCACCUGGGAGAGAAAAGGAUGCAUCAUUUGUUCAUGUUUCUCAGCAUGUAGUUUUCAUUAUUCUUCCUUAAGCGUAGAUACACUCAUGAGAGUGACAGAGUUUCUGUUUCCAGGAUUUCUGCAUGAGAAAGGAGACUGGCUUGACGAAAUGAUAGGAGAAAUGGAAGCUCCAGUUCAAGGUUGCCUGAAUCCAGCUAAGAUCAUUGCGAUGGAAGAGCUACCACUGAUGAGUGAGUUGUGUAAAGUGAAUUGGUGCUCAAAGUCUAUUUUUUCCAUACUUCUGAGAGCACUCUUCUCUGUACGAGUUUAUUCCCACCUUUAUUAGGGUUGUGCUGGAGCACUUGGUCUUCCUGUAUAAUGCACAGGUCUGUGUCUUUACCGAGAGAUAAUUUGGUAUGUGGUUACCAUCAUGGGCAGCUUUCCUUAAAAGCCCCUUGAAGUAUUCGUGUUUAGACCAUAAAUACUUCUGCAUAUAUAAAAUUGAGUUGGCUGGGGUGCUAACACACCUGCACUUGGGAGGUUUCCAAUACUGCCUCCUUCAGUCUUGUCAUUGAUAUGAUACUUUUGUGCCCCAAACUCCAAGAUUAAACUAAAAAUUGAAGAGUUGGUGGGAAGUAAUAGAGAAAAAGAGAUGUAAACCUCAUUUUUUUUUCCUAGCUUCCAAAUGAGGUUCUAUUGAUUGUGAAUACACAGCAGGUUUAGAUCAGUUUAUAAUUUCUUGAAAAUGGUUUCACUGUGGACACAGUUCUGCUGCCUUAUAGCACAGUGGAAAUUAAAGUAUAUCUGAAUUAUUUUGAGGGGUUAACACCCACACUAGACGUCACUGUUGCACUUUUAGGCAUUUACCUGCUGCUAAAAGGAUUACUUAGUUCAGCAUUAAAAGGAAGUUAGAUAUAAGUGUAAAUGCUAUCUGAGGUAGAGACAAGUAGGUUAAAAUGGCAUAAAACUUUUGGGGUAAUUUAUUUAGUCACUGAAAUCAUUAACUAAUGUAACUUGAAAUUUAAUUAAAAGGCAAUCUUUCUAUGAGUAAUUUUUUAAUCUGUUUUUUGUCUGACUUCAGGGCAUUUAAUGACUGCAUGUAUUGCUGCACCAGUGAUUUACAAAAUAUUUUAAACUGGAGCGUUUUAGCCCUCUAAUUCAGACAAUGUGUUAAUCUGUUUUAUGUUAACAUUUAUAUAAAUGAGACACAUAUUAAAUGCAGCUAUUUGUAAAGGUUAAUUGAACAGUGACCUGCCAAUAAAGUGUGAUUUGCUUACUCCUAUAUUGAAUAAUUCAGUGAAAACUCCUCAUAUCUUUUUAUUAUGCGUUUCUCCAUUACAAUCCAAUUUCUUUGUUGCAGUUGCCCUGUAGAUGGUUUAUUUUUUUUAUUUGGACAUGUCCUGCUAAAGUUCUUGUAGGUCAUUUGUUGCUAUUGAAAAUAUAUGGACCUGCACAUCUGGUCUCUUCCAGCCUUCUCUACUGCUAGGUAACCCAGUAAGUGCCUUUGGUGGGACCAGAAAUACUCCUUGGCUGUUCUGCACUAGGAGGUGUACAGCCCUGAGCAGGAGCCCUCUUGAGGGGUCAGGAAGGAAAUUUACUCAGAGAAGCAGCUAUGAGUACAUUACAAAUAUAUUAUAUAUGUAUUCCUUUCUAGGUGCCAAGGAGAUGUCUGUCUUUGAGGGAUAUAAAACCAAUUAGAUAACAGUGCCUUUGGGGAACUGCUAUGUUUCAAAAUGCAUGCAAUACCAUGAGUGCUGUAUUCAUACAUAAUUAAUAGUUUAUUGCAAUAGCACUUCCUCUGAACCCUGGGCUGUGAGCUUUCAUCUCCUCAAACCUUCAUGUGCACCAGGAGCUUGUUUUUGCUACUGAGCUCAUGGAAGGGCAAAUUUCCUAGCACCUACUGCCAUGUAGGCAACUUUCCAGUAGCUGUUUUAAAUAUUUGACUCAUGCUGUUUUAAAACCUACAAAAACUCCCAUCGUUGCCCAUUCUUCUCCUAUCUCCUUCAGAUUAUAACUAGAAAUUGCUUGAUGUUUGGGUUUGUAAGCAAAAUAACCCUGUGCCUUUAUUCUACCUAGUUUGCUAUGUGCCACCUCCUGCACUCUCUGCUUUACCUACCUACUGAAAGCAAAUGUAGACUUUCUGUGAAUGAUGCAGUGGUGUUUUCCUUUUGCUGUAAAACUUGGUGCUUAGCAUUGCACAAUGCUGCAUCAAAGAAACAUUGUCUUAAUUUAUUUGAUGCAGGUGCCUAAAUUGAGAAGCCAUAAAUAACUGUAUAGAACCAUGUAUUAAAAAUUCUGUGUUCUUCAGCAUGUAAGGGAAAAUGCAGCAGUAAACCUGAAAUCUUUCUUUUGUCACACAUGAGAAUUUCAGAGAUAAGGGGAGACAGAGAUUCACCAACAUGCUGAUUGCAAACUAAAAAGCCUUUGACAUUUUUACUUACUCUUGCUUCUUCCUUUGUACAUAUAUGCACAUUUCCCCUAUACUACUGUAGAUACCUGUUGCCUUCAGAAUGAUACCUUAAUGUCCUCUGCUUUUCAAAGGCCCAAGGGAUGUGUACUGCUUCUAUCCAUCCACAAAUCUAUUGCAAUUUAGUCACAGAUUUCAACAGAACAAAAACUUGGGUUCAGAGGGAGGGACAGCAAAGGGUAAGAGGCACCUAUAGCUACGUAGGUGAUGCUUUUGGUGUCUGAUUGGAUGUGCUUGAAGCGGGGAUAGCUAAGUGUGUGCUUACCCUUGGAAAAAAGCACUGGGCAUUUCAUCUAGCGUGAAACAUGGCAACUAUGUCUAGUCACUUCAGUGAUAAUUACAGCUGGGUUUAUUUAAAAAAAACAAACAACAAAACAAACAAAAAAACCCCUAAGCUAAGCUUUGCAUAACCACCUGCACCUCAUGCUUUAACAAUUUGGCUUAAAACCAAUCAACUAUAAUGGACAGUAUUUACCUAAUGUCAUCUCUUAGUCCCUACUGUAGAUUGGUAUGUCUGAGCAUGCACACACUGCAAUUCCUAUUUGGUUUAUUUUUAAGCACUGAUGUCAGGUUGCUGUCUUUGCAUAUAAAUAUACCAGGGUACGUUUGCAGUGUUCAGGAAUAAAGGAGGCAGGGCAGUUUGAGAUGUGUGUUGAAAUUGUGUUCUGUAACGUACAUAUUUUUUGUUUUGCUUGUGAACCAAAUAAUUUUAGAUAAAGAAUAUAAUCAAUUUUUCAGAU